AUGGUUUUCAGUGCAAAUGUAGACAUGGAGAAGAGGCAGACUAUUAUGAACCUGUGGAACUCAUCCCAACUGCAACAAUAUGAAAAUUAUCUAGGGCUGCCCCCAUUGAUAGGCAGGUCUAAAACCACUGCUUCUGCUGAUAUCAAACAUAGAGUCUGGCUAAAAUUGCAAGGGCGAAAAGGUAAUAUGUUUUCUCAAGGAGGAAUGGAGAUCCUUCUCAAGGCCAUUGCUUUAGCAAUUCCAUCUUAUGCCAUGAGUUGUUUCAAGCUACCGGCCAAACUUUGUUCUGAGAUUGAGAGUAUGAUGGCUAGAUAUUGGUGGAGACAAAAAAAUGAGGAAAAGAAUGUGCAUUGGAUAAGCUGGAAGAGAACGUGCCAAUCAAAAUCUAUUGGAGGGAUGGGGUUUAAGGAUCUUGAGAUUUUCAAUAUGGCUAUGUUGGCAAAACAAGCUUGGAGAUUAUUGCAAAAUAAAGAGAGCUUAUUCCAUGAGAUGUAUGCUGCUAGACAGGAAUUGUUUGCUGAAAGUAAUAACCAGAGGGAGGAGCAAGUCUGUCAACUAAAGGAUCAGGUGUCUUCUUUAAUUGAUCCAAGUACCAACUGGUGGAAUCUAACAAAAGUGAGAGCUCUAUUCAAUCCAAAAAUUGCAGAGGUUGUGCUAAGAAUACACCCCAGAGCCUUAGGUUACAUGGAUAAGUGGAUGUCAGAGCAUGAGAAGUCAAGUAACUUCUCUAUUAAAAGUGCCUACAUAUUCUUUAAAAUCCAUUUGGAACAUGAUUGUGGUGAGACUUUAAAUGGUGCUAUAAUGAAGAAAUUUUGGAAUUCUCUUUGGAGAUUAAGAAUUCCUCAUAAGGUUAAAGUUUUUGCUUGGAAAGCAUGCAAGGAGAGUUUACCAUCUAAGGCCAAUUUGAUUAACAGGAAGCUGGAUAUAAGUGGCCAAUCUUAUUUCUGUAAACACCAGAUGGAAGAUUAA